CGGAAGAUAGGCUUAGUUGGUCGUAGUUGGAGCUUAAGAAGCUACACUGCAAAACGCAUUUUUUAUUUACUGGCUGACGGCUGGCAUUUAACGAGCAUAGCAGAGGAUUAUGGCAUCAGAAGGUAUGAAAUACAUUUUUUAAUAAUAUUAUUUCAAGGGGCAAAAUGUUGGAAAAAGCUUCACUAUGCGAACAAGCCCGGCAUGUCGACGGUAUAUAUGAUACAAAAACUACUUGUUAUUUUUAAGACAAAAUAGUAUUAUCUAACUACUCGUCGCACACAGCAAUCGUAAUUUCCCGUCGAUAACGACAACGCGUAACGCCUCUGAUGGAAUUGGCACUACACUGUAUUACUGUCACCAGUGCGACAUUUAAUUUGCAAGAAACAACAUAGUACCUUGGCCAAAAUCCUAGACGGGGGGUACUCCGGAUUUCAAGUGACAGGGAUGAUCGAAGUACGGAUUUUUUAGGGUAUUCCAAACAAUCUGAAGAUUCGUGAUAGUUCCCGAGUAUCCCGGCCGCGUAUUUCCUCUGGAAAUUGUUAUGGCUCGAAAAAUUCGGCAUGGGCUUUAGACGGGGGUGAAGGGGGGGGGGGGGUGGUUAAAUGUUGGUCCAGCGAUUUUUUUUGGUUUUGAUUUUUGCCCCCAUACGAUCAUCCCUGUCACCUGAAGUCCAGAGUACACCCUUCUUGCGUGACACUGCGCUAACACGACUCACUAACUCAGUGCUGUCUUACAAAUACACGCAUCAGGAAUUAGUAAGAUGACAAGGUCAACGUUCGCUACACCGUUCAACUUCUUGUAUGUUUUUCAAAAAUGGUGACAGACGAAAGCGAAUAAUGCUGUAAAUGGCUUUUAAAAGCGAAAAUAUGUAUUUUGUAAUAGAAUUAAAUAUGGCCGAUCUGUAUUUUAGCUGAUUUUGCUUUGUACAAUCGAUAAAAACAAAUACAAUAGACCUUGUCACGGUUUUCGACGCCAUCUUGACGAAUAGGCAAACGUGUGAGAACUUACAGUGUUUGUAUGAGAAUCUAAUGUCGAAUGAUUUCCCUAAAACGGCUGUUCUAAAAAAAAAUAUCAAUUGUAAACUAAAGCUACAAAGCAAAGGAUUGCCCUGAAAAAUUUUGGAGGCGUACCUGUGCUUAAAUUUCUCCAGAGGCUUGCUUUAGAUUUUCCAUAUGUUUGUCUGUAAUUUUCCCGGGACUUUCCUAGAGACAAAUGUAUAGGAAAUUUAAAAAGUGGUUCUAGGUCUUCUAUUGCAUGUAACGCCCUCAAAAUUUUUCCAGUAGAAUCCUUAGGUGUGAAGAUUUAGUUUUCAAAUCAUAUUUUUUUCAGAACAGCUGUUCUACGGAAAUUUAUUGAAAUUAGAUUCUCAUACUGUAAUUUCUCACGCGUUUGCCUACUCGUCAAGAUGGCGUCGAAAACCGUGACAAGGUCUAUUUGCAGAGCACAUUACUAACAUAAUAUCUACAUAUCCGAUUAUCUUAAGACUGGAGUUUUUUCUAUAUAUAUAUAUAUAUAACGUAAUUGAAAACUGGGAAAAAAAAAACGGUAAACAAACCUGUAGUAAACAGGAAAUAGCCAAUGCGAGUGUGACAAGUAGAUACCAGUUCCCGGGCGAACUGAACACAUGAAAUCGAGGCAAAAUGUGCCAGCCUGUCCAUGAUGGCGUCCAAACCGUAAAGGUCGCGAUGGAAUCCCUCAGAAGGAAGUGAUCAAGGAGGACUAGAAGCGAGAGUUGCUUCGGCGAUCUUCGGCUGGUGAGAGAAGAUAGCGCACCUAGCGAUCAACUUACUUCGUCGGACUAGCAGAAUUUACGAAUAAAGAACUUCGAACGUUACGGGAAAUGUAGAUGAGAUUAUUUUAAACUCCACUGUUCCUUAAAAAUGAGGAAUCCUUUGAUAAUAAGAGCAUAAGGGAGCAAACACCUCAGAAUAGCGCUUUGCACUAUUACUAAAAAUAGGUUUUGUCACCUUAGACCCCCUGCGUGACUCAGACAAACUUUGCAUUCUACUCAUAGGCUUUGUAUGAGCAACAUGCGUUUCUGACAUGAAAAUUGUUCAUAAAAUUCGCAAUGAGCGUUUUAAAAAUGUUUUUAGAGCUUUAUUCUAAUACAUAAAAGGCAUUACUGGGAGCAAAAAACUGGUCCAAGUAAUUCAAAUAAACGGUUAAAAUCAGAAAUAAAGCGAGCUGAUCAAAAAAGGCUACUAAAAUCGCAUCCCUUGCUCUGUCUUAGUCAGAUAGCACUCUAUACAUCGAAAUUCUGGCCGUGUAAUACUCUAAAACCAAAAUUGCUAAAGAGAGAAAAUCGAGUUUGUAUAUGUGCUUCUCCCAAGCCUGUGGCGGAAUUUCUAAGCUGGAAAGCACACCAACAUUAGAACAAACCAGAAAUUGUAUAAGUUUUCUCUGUUGUUGUGCGGCCAGGUAGACACCAUAGAGUACUUUAUAUCCUGUAGUACUAAGCAGCGUAAUAUAAGCACUCAAUAAUAAUAAUAGUAAUAAUAAUAAUAAUAAUAAUAACUGAACAGCCUUUGCGUAUGAAUUUAACCUAAUGCACCGUUCUAUGAACAGCUUUGAAGGCCUGCUCUCCAUACAUUUCUUAGUAAAAUGCCGAAACAUACUUUCACCCACAGUGAUGACACCACAUAGGAAAUGAAAUCACUCAUCUGUACACUUUUUUCCACGUUUAACGUUGUCUUGGCACACGUUGAUUAUUAUCACGAUAUAUGUUAUCGAAACCAAGCUGGAUUUUGUUUCUUUUGACGAUAAAAACUUUCAAAGACAACGAAAAUUUGUUGGAGAACCUGACUUUCCCAUACAAAACUCUUAUACCGUAUUGGUCAAGUUCAAUGUCUGUGUCACAGCAGGGACCAAAAAUUUGUGACGUCAUUAGUGCAAAGGGCUAUUGCUAACAUGGAAUCCCUAAAGAAGGAGGUGUUUACUUAUAACUUGUAAAUGGAAUCCCUUAGAAGGAGAUUGGCAUCCCUCAGAAGGGGGUACACUCUGUUUAUGUAUAACUUGUAAAUAGAACCCAUCUGUUUUAAUUUUUUGGCAUUGGAAUUUCUGGAUGCACUUUUGCCUGAUGUCAUUAACACACGUGGCUAAAUUGCAUUUAUUUAAGGGUUUGCAUAUAUCUGUUGUAGGUCAAAAAUAAUUUCUGGUUAAUGAUCCUCAAUAUAGCUGCCAUAAUCAUAAGAAGGGCUAGGAGACAAAGGUAAUAUUUUAAGAGCAAAUGCACAGAAAAAUCGAGCAAAAUCGGCAAAUCGUGGCCACAGCUCAAAACCUAACUUACCCUCAUUUUCAGUCUGUAAUAAGGUUUUAAUGAGCUUAUAACACUGCUGAGGUUUAAAUUUCAAAAGGCGGCCGAGUUUGGGAAUUAUAUGAGAUUUUCGAUUUCAACGGCCUGCGGGCCUAAAAUCCGCCGCCGAACUCGGGAAAAUAGCCCAGUGACAGAAUUGAGCUGACUUUCAUAAACGAGCGAAUAUAUUGGCAAUCUUCCACUUAAAUCUCAAAAAACAGAUAUCUAACAAUUUCUAAACAGCACAUUCUUUUAGAUGUAGAGAAUAAAAUAUCGCCAACGAGCACAAUUUUGAAACAUAAUUUGCAUAAUGCUUAUAAAUACAACAAUUUACCGCUAAAACCAAAAUCGAAUUUUUUAUAUGGGGGAAUUCUCCAAAUCACCCCAAAUGCCGGUUACUACCCAAUGAGAUAUAGUACUUCAACAUUAUCUGAAAGUUAGUCUGGUGUUCUUGCGAACGCUUGUAAAAUAGAUUGAUUAUUUUGAGGUUAUUUUGCCCCAAACAACCGCUAAUUGACCCCAGGGUCAGUUGACAUGUGCACGUCACCUUAGUUUUAUGCGUCGAUUUGAGCUUGUUAAAAGGGAGAAACUAACAAGAUUCUUUUUAUAUGUACCUGUUUUAAUGAAAUGCAUGCAAUCUUCAAAAGGAGAGGCCGUUCAAUGGGUAAUUUCUAUUCUUGAGAUCUUGUAGAUUGCAGCAUGGCGUCUGCAAGUGGACCUGAGUCUAGGUCUGUUCUCCCGUGACUGCGAAACCAGAAUAACAUCAAGAAAUAAUUCUCCCUCGAAUCUUCGUAAGUGAAUAAGCUUUGCAGUGCCUUACCUGAGAUAAAAAGUGGGCCGAACAGGAAAACAUUUCUUGCGCAAUUUGUAUCCUUCGUGGAAAAAAAGCAAGGGAACGCAGUGUAUUGCUGAGGUGAGUAAACAAACCUGGGAAUGCAUAAACAAUGCAUAUCUGUCCAAGAGUAUAAGAAUGUUUCGAAAGAUCCACCCCUAAAUAACUGUGGGCUACUCCUUUUUCCCCAUCACCGAUGUGCACUUCCUUCCCACUGUCUUUUGCAUAAGGCUUGUAUGCCUUUUUUACUGUUAUCGACACUUAAAACUGGGCGUUUAAGGUCUGGUUUAAGAACUUGACUGACUUAAAAAACCGUCGCGAACAUGCGCUAUUAUAAUUGUUGGACUUUGGAAGCUUUAAGCCCAAAAUGAUGGUGCAAUCCCGAGAAAUUUGCCCGGGUCUAAUCAUAAGACAGGGAACGGGUACUAAGAAAGGGACGGUCUCGUUAGCAACCCGUGGACAAUCUGGACAUGCUUGCCUUCUGUCGCAGGGGCAACCGUUAAGGCCAGGUACGCCGCCCCCACCCGCGACUGAGAAUUGCAUGGCAUCCACCAUUUGAGUCGCUUUUUCCACAUCAUGACCUUCAAUUAUCAUGAAUUAUAAUGCGGGCCUUGAUGGUUGCCACCUUCCCAGAAGUCUAAUCGUCGUACUGUUAGACCGUGAGAAUCUCUAUAAUUAUUUCAUAAAUGCACCAUUGACUUUUCCUUGUUCAGCUUCCGGUAAACCGAUACUGCGAAGAAAAGAUAGCUUUACAACGACUCUAUCCAGGCCAGAACUCCUGAUAUCAACAAAUAUAACCCCCCUCCCCCCUAAAGAAAGCAAACUUUCCCCGAACUAUUCACUUGACCCACCCAUGCCUUCGUUAAGAAAACUACGCACUCAGUUCACUGGACAAAACGCGCUCGUGAAUAUACCAAACUAUAGCCGUUCAUCCUAUAAGCAAUAUCAGUUUCAGCAGGCGUGGCCACGUUUCCAGUUGCUGUAAGAUUAAUUCAACACCUGCAACAAACACUGUAAAUUAAAUAGCAGCCACAAUGCCCUUCUUUGAAACCGCCAGGACGAGAAAGUUUAUAAAAGUCUUAACAGGUGUGCGCGGCGGUUUCCUUUUCUUCCUUCCCUCCCAUUGUAGCACUCAAGUUCUGACCUGAUAUUAAUUCUAGUAGUAAUCAAUCGUUCCUGAGUCGAUAGGCACAAGGAUACCGGUUUCUUGCAAAAUAUGCUGUGACAUCCGUUUGCUCAUCCCCCUUUCUGCCUUCGGCCGCUGAUUAGGUUUGGUUCUGUGCUUUGAAAUAACUUUAAGAACGAGACACGAUACGUGAGGGGCGUGUCCGGCUAAGGGCAAGUGACUCUCGGUGGUGAAGACAUAUGUGAGCUUGUCAGUAUUUCGUAGCCUGUACCACGUCGCAAAAAUAGAACAAGCCAAAGAAAAAUAAGACACCUUUCUUUCCCCAGCCCCCGAAGGUUUUUCGCAUUACUUUUUACUGCACAACUGCUUUACUAUCUUGUAUUCUACCUUUUCGAGCCGUAGCGAACAUGGACGCCCUUGGGGUUACGUUUCCACUUCAUUUUCGGCACCUGACUAAACGCAAGCGCUGACUUGUGCGCCUAUGCUUCGUUUGCACUGAAGUAGCGGUAUAUGACCACGACAGACCUGCUGCUAUCCUUGGUUUGAAACCGCAAUGGGCAAGAACAAUUUCUUGAAAAGAGCAAACUGUUUCCUCCUUAGCAGACAAGGAGAACAACUACCCGGAGGACUUAAGCAAUGCCAUUGCUCAAGUCCUACUAGACUUGAAAAGAGAAAGUCUAAUGCUUUCUCUUUUUAAUGAUUUACGGCUAAACAAGACAAUUUCAUGCAGCUUUUACGCAGAAUUAAAUACUUAGUUGUUUGCAGAAUUGCAUUUAACAACAAAUGACAGAAAUUUAUUUAAGUUUAGAUCUCAUAGAUAAGACUUGAACGGAAAAAACUUUUGGGGUAAAAAAGUCGAAAAAUAAUGUUUGCCGGAAAAUCACUUAACGGACAUACAAUAGCAGAGAUAUCAUCACUGCAAUUUUCUGUUCAAUGCACCUUAUGACAAGUCAUGACUAAUCCACUGAUAGCCCGUGCCUUAAAACCGCCUUGAACCUUAAAAAAUUAAUUCAUUUGCCUUUCAUGCGUUUUGCAAAUAUAUCUUCUGAACACUCCGCGGUUGGGGGUAAAAUCAGAAAACAGAACAUUCAGUUACUGUACCAUUUUUAAAGUGGGACGGUAUGUUUGCUAACCGUCUUAGUUAACCACUUUUAAAAUAGGACAAAAGGACAGCUGGUCAUACAGGAAAAUAAAUUUACUGUAUCCCGAAAGCAUUCGUUUCCCGUGCACUUAUUUUUCGCAGGAGACAAUCGAUAAUUGCCUGGUCACGCAAUCGGAGGUGAGUAACUAGUUAAAAGUCAUUGAUACCAUCGCCACUUAACAAAACACUACGUGCUGCAAAGGAUCCAAAUUGCGCUAGAAAUGUUUUCCUAUUCGGCCCACUUUUUAUCUCAGGUAAGGCACUGCAAAGCUGAUUCAUUUACGAAGGUUAGAGCGAGAAUUAUUUCAAGAUGUUAUUCUAAUUUCGCAGUCACGGGAAAACAGACCUAGACUCAGGUCCGCUUGCAGACGCCAUGCUGCAAUCUCCAAGAUCUCAAGAACAGAAAUUACCCAUUGAACGGCCUCUCCUUUUGAAGAUUGCAUGCAAUGCCCAGGCUCGACGGUUGCCCCUACUUCAAGCCCAAAGCAGUGUUUGAAAUCGCUUGAGUUUUCUAAACAACUUCCUGAUGUUUUUACACAAAUUCAAUGAAAUAUUUCGUGUAAAUUGGUGGUGAGUUUCCGACUGCCGGGCAUCUAGUAUUUUGAAAACCGUACCCGUGAGUCAAGAUUCUAAAGAAUAUGCUUGAUGCAAGCGCGGAGAAUUUGUCCACAACAAUACGAAAACCUUUAUUUAGAAUCACUUGGCAUUUCUGAACAAACACUAAAUACUCUGGUGAGGUUUCGUUGAUAAUUUCUGUGGAUAUUCAUCGGGAGUUGACUUAGUGUGUCAGAACUUGAAUAUUUUCUAAGUGUCGAAAACAUUGAGAUUUCACUCUAUGCCCAAGCUCGACAGUCGCUUCUACUUUUAACCCAAGGCAAUAUUUAUAAUCGCUUGACAUUUCUAAACAAAUAUCUUAUGUUCUUAGAGGAAUUAAACGAGCCAUUUCGAGAAAAUUGGUCAAAAUUUCUGACUGCCGGGUAUCUAGUUUUUUGAAAACAGUUCCCGGCUGCCGGGUAUGUAGACACGAGCAAACAAAUACGAAUACAAACUUAACUAGAAAAUUACAACGGGCGAAAUAAUAAACCAAAUAAAAAAGGAAACGAAAGAAAGACUAAUACCUUGUGAUCCUAUUAUAAAUUUGUCCAGAAAAACCAAAAUCCAUCGCUGAACUAGCGAGCGAAGUAAUCUCUGACCGCCGAGCUAACGAUCAUGCAACUUAAAAAUAACGGCUUGGUCACCUGACCCCAAAAGGGCGCGAAAAUUACACUACCGCGCGGUCCUGGGCUGGCUAGCAGCUACACUUGCAAUAUUUAGUUGUACUUACUUUUCCUUGUUAUUUAAUUUUGAAACCAUAUCUCAGCAAAAGGCAUCUCCUUCUGAGAGAUUUCCAUAAGGGAUACAAAAAUCCUGUAAUAUCAAAAUCCUUUAGGGGAAUUCCAUUUACAAGUUAGACACAAACACCUCCCUCUAAGGGAUUUCAAACUCCUUCUGAAGGAUUCCAUUUACAAGUUACACAAAAAUACCUGAAGGAUUCCAUUUACAGGUUAUACAUAACACUUCUUUCUGAGUGAUGCCAACCUCCUUCUGAGGGAUUCCAUGUUAGCUAUUCUGAGGUUAAGCUCUCUUAUACUCUUAUUAUCGAAAGAUUCCCUGUGUUUACGGAACAGAAGAGUUUAAAGUAAUUUCAAUAACAUUUCCCUUGCCGUUCAAAGUUCUUUAUUCUUAAAUUGUGUUAGAAAUUGUAAGUCCGACGACGUCAGUAGAUCGCGAGAUGCGCCAUCUUGUCUCACGAGACGAAGAUUGCCAAAGCAACCCUCGUUUCUAGUCCUUCUCGAUCACCUCCUUCUGAGGGAGUCCAUCUAGCCGCGACCAACCGUAAACCGCGUAAUCGCAUGGCAAACAGAACGGUUACCAUCUCAUGUACGGUACAUGAAUAGCAAGCUUUCUCCUUCGUCGAACGCAAUUACUUACACUGAAGUAGUCUUUUCAAGUUGUUUUGUUUGGUCAAUUCUUUCCACAUAUUUCUUGUCCAGAAAAAAAGCAUGAAAGUGCGCAUUGUUUUGAUUUAGAUAUCAGUCGGUAUUCAUUAAGUCUUGGUAACGGAGCGCUCUUUUCGAAUCUUAAAGCGCGGGUGCUAAGCUAUUGUAGGCUCGAUUACCAGCCGCUUUUUGGGAAAUGAGCCCACGCUCUUCUCCCGAACAGACAGGUUGGACGCAUGGGCUUGCUAUUAUCAAUUACCACCAAUCAGAUCGUUACCUGCUCAAAUCGAACAGGUAGCAUGAAUUUAUUUUCCUAGAGCAGAUUUCGAACGGCGGAUGCAAAGGUGUUGUUUGAUGUGGCCUGCGAUCCUGUUUUUGAGCGUUUUAAGUUUAAAAACCUAAAAUAUUUACAAAGAAAAGUAUUAGCUUAGAGAAGCGGUCAAAUGGUAGACAUGUUUUUGAAAUUCAGCCGACCGGAACUAUAUGCUUUUUGACAGCUAAAGUGAAAGAGACGACACUCAAGUCCAUCGGUAAUGCAAGAUUUAGUACCUGUUUCUGUUGAUGUCCAAUACCAAAGCGACGACGAGGCAAUUCAAAGCACAACAUGUGUUCGGUAUUUAAUGACAUUUCCCAUUCGCAAUGUUUCUUAACGACACAUAAAGAAAAUUUUGAAUUUUCGUCACAGAUACGAUUGGCCACUCACGCGUACAGCCGUCUCUUCUCGGGGAGGACCGAGAAAAUGGUGGAAAUCGAGCCUAGUGCUAAGCGCGCGAUUUCUCUCAUUUCCCCAGAUCAGAGUAGGUAAUCGUGCUCUGUGUUGAGCUGCUAAGAAGUUAGUCGAACUCCCGUAAGCGGCCACCCAAGAAGUGAAAAUUUAGCUUAAGGAAUCACAGCACGAAAUGCUAACUUUACUGUUCGAUACAACUGGAGAAAUACUACCUUGAAGACACGCUUUAUCCACCGUUACGCAUCUUUCCGAAUUUGUAAAGGUUAACUAUACGGAGGUUGACGUUGACGCGUAAGUCAUGGUAAGUGUCCAACUUUACGGAGCUUUAUUGUUCAGUAUAAAGCUGGAGUUUAGAUUGUUGUCGCCUACAGGAAUCGAGCCAUAAGAAGCCUCUUACAAUAGGACCGAUUUGGACACAUCUAUUUUUUUUUUAGGACUUUGUUUAUUUGUGAAGUUCCAUAUCGUCUCUAACGGUUCUUUUCACACUCCAAGUAGCGCGGUACCCACAGUAAACAUAAAAAUCCAAAUUUCAGUUAGUUUACCCACCAAUUCGGUUUUACUGAGCCAUACAUCUUGUAAUGCAGCAGCAAUAUAGGAUGAUGGCGUUAAUGUCGUGUUUCCAUUACUUUUCUUUUUUAAGUGCUUUAUUCACCGAAGACGUCAUAUGUGGCUGUUGUCGCAAUCGACUUUGGCACAACCUACAGCGGAUUUGCUUUUUCAUUCCUAAAAGACCACGGAACGAAGUCCAUAUUCAUUAACAGAGAGUGGAUAAAUGAACAAGGUAUUCGCACAAGUAAGACACCAACUUCCCUGCUGCUCAAACCAGACCAAUCAUUUGACUCCUUCGGAUACAAGGCAGUUGAAAAGUAUGCACAACUUCAGGAUCAGUCCAGUGAAAAGAGAUAUUACUUUUUCCAGCAUUUUAAGAUGGCUCUUCACAACGACGAGGUAUAGGUUAGAUCAUAAUAUAGCCCCAAAAUGCUCAUGUUUUGAAUUUUUAGCAAAACUGUUUAGAAAACUGAAGCACAAAUGCACACAUAAAAAAACCUCUGUGCAUUUCGAUCAAUGCAGUUUUAUUGUAGAGGUAAGUGAGAUCGUAAGAUUUUUGGUGAAAAGUAGGGCAAAAUGGAGUCUUUUAACUACACCACAUUUCGUUGACAGCGAAUUUAUUUCUUCAUACACUGUAUGAAAGCGUUAUGCACAUAUGCACUCGUUAUAAUGCACAUUGAUUGCACAGCAACCGUGCAAAGAAUUAAGUUUCUAUAGACGCGUUUAGCGGAACUGUAACAGUAAAUGUAGUGCAAUACCAUCUUUUACAAAGAGGUGGUCACCAACAUCGUGCACCUGGCCAAGAGAAAACCAGAUGGAACAAACGCAAUAUAAAUGAAUGGACACAGAGGACAUUUUCUGAAGAAUAUAUUUCAUGGGACAGUUUUUCAUCUCAACUAAAAUGGCUUAGAACAAGGCAAAAUUCAAUGUGAUUGAAUUGAAUCUAUGCGCGUUUUAUAAAACAUUUUUUGGAACCGUACUUAACAUCAACAUUAUUGAAAUUCAGAUACACUCUUCUGUUGAGAUAAUUCCCAAACCUAUUUUCUUGACCAUUGCGCACGAAAUCACCUCAAAUCUUUGAAAACUUUGCUUACUUGUUUGUCUUACUAAGCUCUCUGUUAAGAAGGAAACAGGGUAGCUUCAAUACUGAUGUUUUUGGCAACACGAUGGGUGCAUUUUUACGGCACUAGAGGAUCGGAGCUCUUUCAUUUACCCCAUUGCAGGACUAAAUGUAUUUAAAUAUAAUUAGCAGUAGCCGUUGGCUAGGAAGUGCGGGCGAAACCGCUUUCAUAUGAAUGUGAAUGCUCUUUAGGUAUAGUGUCAACAAAAGCAUGAAAACUGGAUUGAACAACACAGUAAACAAGACUCAUUGCGGCCCGCACAGGGCAGCUACCUUUUUUGUCUUGAAAGCGUCCGAGGACUCGAUUUGUCGGGUAGUUUGUUUUCCAUACAUUUUCUGUAAUUUUGAUACUGUCAAAUAACAGAAAAUGUAUGGGAAGAUCUAAAGGUUUUCUUAAAAUUGAUCACGGACUUCUUUGCACUCCAGAUUUAGUGUAAUGCUUUUUUGAACUGGUACGUUAGUCUUUUCAAAGAGAAAGCAUCAAAUAUAUGAAUUCAGGAAGAAUUAGCUGGCUUUGCCAGGAUUCUAAUAGAAACCUCUGAAUUUCCCGCCAUCUUGUCCUGAUUACCCAUGAGGCAACUACAAGCGUGAACUCCUCUAUUCAAUCCGUGUUCAUUGACUAAAGGCCGUUAAAAGAAUGGAUGAUAACUUAUAUAUAUAUAUAUAUAUAUAUAUAACUGCAGACAGUACUGUUUCGGCCUUCUGGGCCUCAUCAAUAUAUAUAUAUAUUAUAUAUAUUAUAUAUAUAUAUAUAUAUAUAUAUAUAUAUAUAUAUAUAUAUAUAUAUAUAUAUAUAUAUAUAUAUUUAUAUAUAUACAUUAACACAAAUGAACUGAAACCAUAUAUAUAUAUAUAUAUAUAUAUAUAUAUUAGUUAUAUAUAUACAUUAACACAAAUGAACUGAAACCAGUGAAAGAAAGAAAUAAAUGAACACAAGUGAAACAAUUUUUUCGAGGUCACAGAGGCCACUGUGAACUCUAAAAAAUUGGGGAGUCCCGUGAGCCAUAAAGCCUUCAAUUCGACUGCGCGUUAGCGUGGUUGUCUUGGUGGUGUAGUGGUUAACACAUCGGCGCUAGAAAGUCGAGGACGCGGGUUCAAAUCCCGUUCAAGGCAAUUUUUAGAGUUUCACUUGUGUUCAUUUAUAUAUAUAUAUUUCAACCUGCGCCUUAAUAAUCGUAGGAAGCAUAUUAAGAAAGGAGUCAACAGCUGUGAACUAUCAGAGCACUUUCUUCACAACAGCAGGUCUCAUGACUUUGGCAAAGACGUCACAAUUACGAUUAUUGAACAAAUCAAACGGAGUAACAUGACAAUUGAACGGAAAAAAAGAAAUACUUCGAGCUAGAGAAAUAUUUUGGCAAAGUCGGCUGAACACACUGCAACCGAACGGUCUCAAUAAGAGAAUGGGCUAGAACUCAGAGUCGAAUAUACCUUUAUAAAGUAUUCAGUACAUAAAUAACGUUUUAGAACGUAAAUUAUAGGGGUCAUUCCACUCUACGCCCACACGAGUGUAAUUAACCUAUUAGAACAGGAUUACUGGUUGGAACUAAUCAACUAAGGAACACUUCUUUAUUACGUUACAAUAAGAGAUCAUUAAUUGAUUAAUGAACCCAAUGAAAAGACCCCUGAUGAAGGCAGACGCCGAAACGCGUUGGGUCUGAAUAAAGUUUUUAUUUGUUGGAAGACGAUUCUCUUCUGUGCAAGUUAUAUAUAUAUAUAUAUAUAUAUUUAUUAAAAACUGAAUCAUUGGAUAAUGCAAUUCUAGCAUUUUGAUUGGCUUAGCCGUUAUGGUAUAUGAGCUAAUAUACCACGUUCUCCAUAUAUGGUCGGUGUACGCGUCAGUUUAAAAUUGGAAGCUAGCUGAGAUUUUUUUUCGCGAAGGAUAGAACGGCGCCCGAAGCAAAUCGUUUUAAUUCAUUUUUUAGAAUACUAGAAAUGCAAUUUCAGCGAAAGAAAAACGACGAAAACAAACAAAAAAGCCACAAGAGCUUGUUUGAAAGUUUGUCGAAAAACACAUGAAAACACAUGGAACUAAAGUACCUUGACCAGCUACGAAAGAAGACAAGUGUUGUUUCUUCAUGAUCGCGAAGCCAUUCGCCGAUCGAGUCACUCGCCGAUAUAUAACUGCAGCUUGUUUAUCCGACAUCAAGAAUAUAAAUCACAGGUAACCAGCUACAAAUACAGGCUAUGCAGCCAUUCACUAGAGCAAUCGAGGCGGCAGUAUAGCUUCUUUUCUCGUUCAGCAAAACCAGCUUGUGGCUUCAAACAACUUCACAACAAGCGACCGAGGUAAUACCGGUAGUUUUUCUCCGUUGUUCUUACUUUUAUAGCUGCACCGAAAAUCCAAAUUCAUAGUAAUUUCGACGGCUGUCACUUAAAAAUUCCUUUCCUUCACAUUAUCUGCCAGGUUUUUUAAGCUGUUCUGCUGUGUAAAAUCCUAGAAUCACGGUGAGUUUUUAAAAAACUAAUGUUCAUUGCUACAUUGUUUUGAUUUUUCAUUCAUGCAGUCUAGCCGUGAGUCCGUUCGCGCGUUGACAGUUUUGAUAGACGUGUGACAUGUGAAUAGCGGAAGUCCCUUGUCUUUUCCGGUUUGUUCUAGUCGGGGCGAUUCAACGAGAUUUUGUGGGCGUUUUUAAUAAAACAAUUAUUCCACUCGGGCUUGUUGGAUAUGAAAUGAUUAUAGCCAACUCGGCGCUAUGCGCCUCGUUGGCUAUCUAUCAUCUCACGGUUAAAAACAUUAGACAGACAUAGCGAAGUAAUUAAAAAUUCUCAAAACUGUUUUACAUAUUUGCCGUGUAGGAGUAUUCAUCAGAAAACCAUCUAUGGGAACUUCUUUUAAAGAGACCUAUGGAAUUGAUGAACGUAUUUCCUCAGGAAGAUUGUUCCACAGAAGAACGGCACUUUAACUAAAGCUACGCUUCAAGUAAUCAGUUCUUGGCUUUGGGAGAGUUAAGCUGAAAACACUCCUCUUCUCACAAUAAAAAAAAAAAAAAAGAAAGAAAGAAAGAAACGUUCUUUUUUUUCUUUACCUCUGCUUUUCAUUUUCAUUUUCCACUUAUUUUUAACUUUCGCUUUACAUUUUUUAGCAUAACUAUGAUUAACACAGUUAUCUAAUAUAUUAUAAUAUUUACUUUAGGUCGCUGUGCCAUCGAUUUUGCUUGGAUACUUAUGUUUAUGCUUUGUUUUAAUAAUUAGUGGAGGAAGCCUAUUCCUAGAAAGCCCUGGGUUUUCUCUUAGCCCUCCGCUCGCCAUUAGCUUUCAGUGUUUAUUAAAAAAAAUGACGAAUUUGUGGGUGAUAAUCUUUGGCAGCAUGUUGGGAAGUGGAGUAUAAUUACAAGUGUUCGCCAAAUACAGUUUGUAACAAUAGAAAUUCCAAUUGAAGCUACUCCGCGUAAUAAAGGUCUCCUUUACAAUAAAUAAGAAAACAACUUUGGGGACUUCAUCUACUAUGUCCAAUUAAUACCGUGCAUUUACGAAAAGUCAUGACCGUUUGUGUUUUUUUUUCUAUUUGCUAAACCGAUUUUUCAAAAAACUACUGUUUUAUCACAGACUGUCAACGUUCAUACUUCUAUUAAAGCAGCCAACGGACAAAGGGUCAAGGCGUUGGACGUUUUCUCUCACUCGAUCAAGUUUUUAAAGGAUGAAGCUCUUAAAGUGCUCUGUGAAAGGACCGGAGAUACAUACUUCAGCGUGAGCGAUAUCCAGUGGGUCCUCACUGUGCCAGCCAUAUGGACUCCAGUGGCAAAACAGUUCAUGAGAGAAGCUGCAUAUGAGGUUAGGUAUUUGCAAAUGGGAUUACUAUAUAAGCGCAUUGUCACUUUAAUUUUAAUUAACACGGGGAGCUCACCACUGACUAAACGGUUGUAAAUUUAAUCAACUGCCGUUCAUGCUUUCGCUACAAAAUUUUCUAGACUAAAUUGUAAAUCCUUACAAAGAGGCUCACUUAUUAUCCAUUUCAACUAUAUGCCCUUACGGAAAUUCUUAGCGUAUGCUAACUUUGAUCGGGUCAUUUUUGCUUUGAUUUUUGCGAAGUUAUUCAGUGACUAUCAAGAGUGGGAAUGUAUCGAAACGCUACACAUUGUAACUGUUAAAUAUGUUAUUAGAUAUUCGUAAGCUCUUGAUUGGCUGUUUGUAUUACUUGGCAUUCCAGAACGAAUUUGCAACGACGAACAACGACAAACAUUUUUCAAAAAUAGAACGAUCUAAACUGAACUGAAACGAAGGGGCAAAAGACUAAAUUAAAGUAAUAUUUGGCUGUAAACAUCAGAGUAGUAGCACAGAAUUUGAUUUAAUGCGAUGUUUUUUGUUUCUUGGUGAUGAGAUUUCUGGUACUUGAUUCACCACAGCCAGAAAUAUCAUCGUCAUGUAUUAUAUCCUGAUACGAACCUUAGUCCACUUGAAGAAUUUUGGCAGUACCACUGUUGGGUCACUGUUGAAAUUGAACAUUAUGGAAAACAGAAGCGCCCAGAGAACUGUGGUUGAAUACGAGACUGCUUUUUUAAAAAAAUGUAAAUUUUGUAUAUUAGGCUGGCUUGGGAUCCUCGGACAAACCCGAACAAAUAAUGAUUGCUCUUGAACCGGAAGCUGCUGCACUUUCCUGUUUGGAGAAAAACUUGGACGCCUUCCGGUCUGAAACUGGCAGUGGAUCCGUGUACGGAUUGCUGGCACAACCUGACACUCAUUACAUGGUAGUGGAUAUCGGAGGUAAGUUGUCGACGUAUUAUUUCAAAAACGUGCACCAAUAAUCCGUAGAAAAUAAACAAAAGAAACAUUUGUUUGAGGAGCGUCCAACUUGAAAUAAACAGAGUUGAAGCCACCUUCAAUUAUUUUUUGGCCAAAGGGAUUCUAAGGAUUGUUAAAAACGUAGUAAUCAAAUGAAUGUGACAGUUUCCGCAAUUUUGCCUCACGCUUAAGUCAGAAACUGUUGGUUAAAGAAGACGGCCUUAUCACGAAGAACUGUGAUCUCGCCCCUUUGAAAACGAUUUGGAAGAUGGGCCGAAGUUGAUUUGAAAACUGUGCUUACCUCUGGAAAAUUUCUAGCUACGCCUCUGAAUCAGUAAGGUUGUAUAGUUCGUAGUUAAUCAUAUCGUAAGAGAAUUUGUUAUUGCGCUGCCCGCGUGGAGCCUAUUUCAUUCUUCGGCCGCAAAAAGGACUUUGUGUAGGAUUAUUUAGAAUGCAUUGCUUGUUCCGAGCCCGGGUGAUACUGAGAAUAAAUUUAUUUUAAAUAAUUUGAUAAUUAACAUCAUUACUUCAUACAAGGUUUGAAAAAUAUAAAAGAAGACGAAUGAAUUUUGCACUCGAACAAAACAACGUUUGAAAGACAGCUCAGCAUUCCUUGUUACCAAAAUUUAUGUAUCUUUACAAAGAGUAUUUCAAAGCUCUUUAUCAGCUGCAAGUAAAAGUUGUGCGUUCGUAUUUUCAACGAGCACUUGUGCUCUUAGACGAUAACUUGGGUAAAUAAAUUAUUGAUUCAUUGAUUGAUUGAUACCCUAUAGACUUUCUCAAAGUCCUUCGCUUCUCGUUUCCGGUAGUAGUUAUAGACCCCAGCGCGAAGGACUUAUUCCUUGCAGCGCGUCAAAUUUACAGGAGGAAUUUUCCUCCUGUGGGUUUAAUCCUAUCACGAACGGUUUUUAUUGAUGCGCUGUCAAUCAACCCCGGCACGAUCACGCCACAUGAAACGUUACUUGAUCACUGCUUUGAUCCAAAUUCAAUUGAACUCUGUAUUUUUUGCGAGCUGUAUUUCGAUGUCAUUUUAUCGCCUGUAUUCAAAUACAAAGCUUUAGUGGGCGUUUUAUCUUCCUCCAUUUGAGUACUUUACAAAGGUCGGAUUUUCCUGGGAGCCAUGGAGCGAAAAAGCAUUACCUUUUGUUUUGAACGCGCGCACUAGAAAAUUAUUUUGAUUUUUUUACGUUUUCUUUUAUGGCUUAUGAGCCAGAAACGUCUGGAGACUGAACUCACAAAUGUUACAAGACGGCCCUUUUUUUCAUUACCCCAUUUCUGUAUUAAAGAUUCCUUUAUUUACUUUCUCUAACCGGAAUUUUUUUUCCGUUAUUUGUUUGUUUUGACAUACUUUGACAGCUCGCGACAACAAAUGCCACAGGGACGCAAAAAGUUCGCGACAAAAUAGCGUCACUUGAUGCGAGUUUUCGCAGGGGAAACAAGUCAAGCUCUCGCCCUCUCGCUCGCUUUUGCCGCAGAAAACUUAAAAAAUCUACCGCUCGCGCUGCGCGCUGAUGAAAAAACUUGAGCUGGACUUGUAGGCAAGUUUAGAUUCCCUAUUGAUUCACCGGUAGUUUCGAAAAGGUUUUCGUGUUUUGGGUGCUUCGUUUUCGAGAUUUAGGGCUCUUCGUUUUCGAUCUAGGGUGCUUCGUUUUCGAGUUUUGGGUGCUUCGUGCUUCGGUCUUCGUUUUCGAGUGCUUCGUUUUCGAAAGUACCUGAUUCACCUCAUUGAUGCCAAACAUUGCCGGGAAGGGCAAGGAAUUCUUCCUUCCUUACCACUCGUGAGACUAGCACGAGACGGAUUUUCCACGGAGAAAUAUAUUACCGAACAGUGCUAACACUCCUGGUUACCUGUGGUUAAUAGAACAACUCCUUAUGCUAUUUUGUAAGGACGUAUUUUGGGCUUGAAGAAUAUUAAAAAGUUCCCUUUUUUAUUUUGUUUUAUUAUUAUACUUCUUUGUAAUCAGGGGGUACCCUUGACGUGACUGUACACGAGUUACAGACGGACGGUUCUAUCAAGGAAGUCUCGAAAGUCUCAGGAGGUCCACAUGGCGGUAUUAGAGUGAACCAACAAUUUGAGAGCCUUCUCGAGAAGCUGUUUGGCGAGCAGAAUGUUGGAAAGUACCGCCAUGAAUAUCCUUCUGAUUGGUUAAACCUGAAAAACGAUUUUGAAGCCAAAAAACGUGGAGACCGGAUGUUAGACAGUGAACUGAUGACAAACAUUCGCCUGCCACGCAGUUUUGUGUCCCUGGCGAGCAAUAAUCAAACUAGAGCCAUGCACAACUAUGGAAGCAGCAAUGUAACUCUUAAGAAUGGAGAAUACCUUGCUCUUAGCUCAAAAAUGAUGAAGAAAUUGUUUGAACCCACGGUUGAGCUCAUUAAAGACCAUCUGAAAAACCUGUUGCAACAGCCGAAGCUUUCGAAGGUGAAAAUCAUGUUGCUCGUAGGAGGAUUUGCUGAUUCUGCACUUCUUCAGCAAGGGAUAAAGAGUGCUUUUUCAGGAAGAAUCAAGGUGCUCGUUCCCAACAAUGCCAGCAUAGCAGUGGUUCAGGGCGCAGUGCUCUUCGGAAAAAAGCCAGGAAGAAUUACUGAGAGGGUGGUUUCUACAACUUACGGCGCAGGCUACUCAAGUAAUUUCAUUCCUGGUGUGCAUCCCGAGGAGAAGAAAUUUAUUGUAGAUGGCGUUGAGAAGUGCAACAAUUUGUUUGAGCUGUUUGUACGCGAAGACGCUACGGUGCGAUUUGGCCAAAAAAUUACGAGUAUUUACAACCCUCUACGGGCAGACAACACAGAAAUACGCUUUAACUUUUAUUCCACCACCGAUCCCGAUUCCAUGUUUGUUACAGACCCUGGUAUGAGAAAGCUCGGGAGUGUCACCGUUCUUUCGCCUGACACGUGGAGAGGGAAAGAUAGAAAAAUCGAAGUCAGCAUGGAAUUCGGUGGAACGGAAAUCACCGCGAGAGCUCGGGAUGUUUCAAGUGGAAACAUGGCUCAAACUGCCAUUGAUUUUUUGCACAAUUAGGCUUUUGAGCGAAAAUAAUAAAAAAAAAACAAGAUACGUUUUAAGCUGAGUAUGCAAGUCAAAACUAGGAAACGAUGAAUUAAGUGAACUGAAAUUCAACUAAUUCUUUUUUUACAAGCAUUAACUGAGUUCAGUUGUCACUUAUAUUUACUGCAUGAAGAUAAAAAGAGAACAGCAUUUUUGUCAGACAUUACAUAUUAUAUAAGACAGACUUUCAGGAAUAUACAACCAGUAGAAUGCUUUAACAGCAUGCACUUUCUGUAUAAUAUAUAGAUUUAGCCAGGGCUAAAAGCGAGGCUCCCAUUAGUAAAUUUAUAAUUUAAAUUAAACAGUAAACUUGUAUUCGAAUUCCACAAUUCAGUUAACUUUAGAACACAUUUAUGUGACUUUUGAGGGAAAGGCUACCUGAUUUUAGAGAAAAAUAAUUUGCAAACAGCCCAAGAGUGAACCAAAUCUUACAUCGAGUUGAUAGCCUCAUAUGUACACUCAAAAACUGGUAAUCAUCUUUUAUCACAUUUAAGAGCCGUAAUGGCUAUUGAUCACCGUAGAUCAAUUAGGCUUAGGAAAAAAAAUCAGGCCAACGUUUUGGCGUUCGACAAGUUUACUUUGCAAAAUCUUGCCAACAAAUCUGGGUGCGUGUAAACCAACCUUUUAUACCAUGGACAGAAAGCAGUAUUUCACAAUACAAAUUGCUCUCAUUCAAUAUUCAUAAACUGUUAAAAAAAUUUUCCAAAAUCACCUAUACGGCCGUCCGGUUCUCACUUUUGUAGUGCGAGCUGUAGCGAGUGUUUGAAUGAACAUUAACAGAGUUACGCUCCAAGAUAAUAAAGAAUUUAUCAUGUUUAUUUUUUAUUUGAUGGUUUAACGCGCGGCAUUUUGAGAACUCCUGCAAGCGAUGUUCACUGAACGACUGAAAACAAUCGGCAUAGCGAUUAAAAUUGCAAGAGAGACUACCAACAAUCAAUAAAAGAAAUAUAAUUCGGUGAAACAUAAACAGAGACAACAAUUUUCAUUCAGGAAGACAAGUAUUAAAGUGUCCCUAAAUAUCCUGAAUCUUCAAGCUUCAAGCUUAAGUUUGCUAAAGUUUAUGUUUUAAGCCAGCUUCCCGGUGUUUGUUUUUUCAAAGACGAACUCGAGGCAAGAAAAUCGCUCAAAGCUUUCUUUUCCGGCUAGAAUUAUAACUAAAGAUUCUUUGGAACAUUUUCUUUCUAUUUGCGGUGAGAAACUGUCUAAAGGCUUUUUAAAGUUCUGUAAGAUUAUAUCAAACCAGAUACUCGGUGAGAUCGUUGUCUCAAAUCUUACAAACGCGCAUAAACUAAAUUCCCGCAUAAACUACGCUCCACUUCAUUAAAUUAGAUACAAAAAACAAACAUGAAAUACAAUAAUUUCUCUGGCUUACCAUUCGAGAUGCAGCUCCUGAAAGUUAUCAGGUAAAGCCAGUAUCGCUUCAGACUUGGCAAUCCUCUUACGCAUCAAGUAAGGUGAAAACGAAAACGAUGCCAUCCGAAAUCGGAUUUCCGACUUUGACAAGCGACGUUUUCUCAACCAAAAACCCAAUAAACAAACUAGCCAUGAGUAACAGAAGACUCCUGAUAGCAGCUGAAUUUCAUUUUGUACAUCCAGUGGAAAAAGACAGUUAAAAACAUCACAAGUUGACACAAAACUCUGUCAGCUUCAGCUGUUAAAGUAAACAAGAUUCAAGAUGCUGCAUAAAUUUUGCGCAUGAACUCACAUGUCAAAUUUUGACCAAUCAGAGCAUAAAAAUUGGACGUAGAGCGUGACCAACGCGUGACUAUUGUGAGAGAAAAAAACAAAAGCAACUGUCUUCCUGCCUGUAACAGCUGGCUGAAUUUUCCCGUCCGAGGUCAGUUUGUAAUCAAAAUUUUAAUUGUGCAGCACAUAAACACAACAUAUUUCAUAUGAAUUAAGAAAAAAAAAUUGAACUUGAGCCUGCGAUCACUUGAAAACUAGUUUACUUGUCAGCGGAUAACUUCAAAAAAUACUUGACCUCGACGGGUCGACACCUGAGCCCGCGAUACGGUCAAGUGAUACUGGUCAGCGGGUACUCUGUUUUGACAGCUGUCAAUUGAUCAAAACAUUGAUGUCCAAUAUGUGUGCAUUAUCAGUUUUCCUGUGCUCCCAAACUAGUAAAAGUAUGAGAUUGAACGUUGUUCGCGAUCUAGUAAAAGAGUUAACUGGUCAGCGGACAGCUUCCAAAUAAAUCACGUCACCUCGAUGAGUUGACACAUGAGCCCGCGAUAUGGUCAUGGGAUACUGGUCAGUGGCUAUCCUGUUUGGACAGCUGUCAAUUGACCAUAUUGUUAAUGUCCUAUAUUAAAGAUGUGGGCUUGCCAAGACACGCCUGAGACACCCCUCCCUUCCUUUUGAUAGUCUCCCCUACCCCACCCAUACAAUCUGUAGACGCGUACGUACGUACGUACGUACGUACG